GGGCGGGAGCCGGGACCCGAGCCGGGAGAAGAGUUCGAGAUCGUGGACCGGAGCCAGCUGCCCAGCCCUGGCGAACUGCGCAGCGCAGCUAAGCCGCGGACUGGGCCGGAGGGGUGGUCGGCGCCCAUCCUGACCCUGGCGCGAAAGGCCACCGGCAACCUGUCGGCGAGUUGCGGGAGCGCGCUGCGCGCGGCCGCGGGGCUAGGCGGCGCGGACAGCGGCACGGACGGCGCGGCGCGCGCAGCUUCCAGGUGCCAGAUGAUGGAGGAGCGUGCCAACUUGAUGCACAUGAUGAAACUUAGCGUCAAAGUCUUGCUGCAGUCCGCCCUGAGCCUGGGCCGCAGCCUGGAUGCGGACCAUGCCCCCUUGCAGCAGUUCUUCGUAGUGAUGGAGCACUGCCUCAAACACGGGCUGAAAGUUAAGAAGAGCUUUAUUGGCCAAAAUAAAUCUUUCUUCGGUCCUUUGGAGCUGGUGGAGAAACUUUGCCCAGAAGCAUCGGAUAUAGCCACUAGCGUCAGAAACCUGCCAGAAUUAAAGACGGCUGUGGGAAGAGGCAGAGCCUGGCUGUAUCUUGCACUCAUGCAGAAGAAACUGGCAGAUUAUCUGAAAGUGCUCAUAGACAAUAAACAUCUCUUAAGUGAGUUCUACGAGCCCGAAGCAUUAAUGAUGGAGGAAGAAGGGAUGGUGAUUGUCGGUCUGCUGGUGGGACUCAAUGUUCUUGAUGCCAAUCUCUGCUUAAAAGGAGAAGACUUGGAUUCUCAGGUUGGCGUGAUUGAUUUUUCCCUCUACCUUAAGGAUGUGCAGGAGCUUGAUGGUGGCAAAGAGCACGAAAGAAUUACUGAUGUCCUUGAUCAAAAAAAUUACGUGGAAGAACUUAACCGGCACUUAAGCUGCACAGUUGGGGAUCUUCAAAGCAAGAUAGAUGGCUUGGAAAAGACGAAUUCAAAACUUCAAGAAGAGCUUUCAGCUGCGACAGACCGGAUCUGUUCGCUUCAAGAAGAGCAGCAACAAUUGAGAGAACAAAACGAGUUAAUUCGCGAAAGAAGUGAGAAGAGCGUGGAGAUAACAAAACAAGACACCAAAGUUGAGCUGGAAACUUACAAGCAAACUCGGCAAGGUCUGGAUGAAAUGUAUAGCGAUGUGUGGAAGCAGCUGAAAGAAGAGAAGAAAGUCCGUUUGGAACUAGAAAAAGAACUGGAGUUACAGAUUGGAAUGAAGACAGAAAUGGAAAUUGCCAUGAAGCUGCUUGAAAAGGACACCCACGAGAAGCAGGACACCCUGGUCGCCCUCCGCCAGCAGCUGGAAGAAGUCAAAGCGAUUAAUUUACAGAUGUUCCACAAAGUUCAGAGUGCAGAGAGCUGUUUACAGCAGAAGGAUGAAGCCAUCACAUCUUUCGAAGAAAAAAACAACCAAGUUAUGUCCAGCAUGAAACAGAUGGAAGAAAGGUUACAGCUCUCAGAGAGGGCGCGUCGCGGGGCGGAGGAGCGGAGCCACAAGCUGCAGCAGGAGCUGGGCGGCCGGACGUGCGCGCUGCAGCAGCAGCUCUCCCAGCUGCAUGAGCAGUGCUCGAGUCUAGAGAAAGAGUUGAAAUCAGAAAAAGAACAGAGACAGGCUCUUCAGCGAGAAUUACAGCAGGAGAAAGACACUUCUUCUCUACUCCGAGCAGAACUACAGCAAGUGGAAGGAUUAAAAAAGGAGCUGCGGGAGCUCCAGGACGAGAAGGUGGAGUUACAGAAGGUUUGCGAGGAGCAGGAACAAGCCCUCCAGGAAAUGGGCCUGCACCUCAGCCAGUCAAAGCUCAAGAUGGAAGACAUCAAAGAAGUGAACAAGGCGCUAAAGGGCCAUACCUGGCUGAAGGAUGAUGAAGCCACGCACUGUAAGCAGUGUGAAAAGGAGUUCUCCAUCUCCCGGAGGAAGCACCACUGCCGCCACUGUGGCCACAUCUUCUGCAACACGUGUUCCAGCAACGAGCUGGCCCUGCCCUCCUACCCCAGGCCCGUGCGCGUCUGCGACAGCUGCCACACCCUGCUUCUGCAGCGCUGCUCCUCCACUGGCUCCUGAGCGUAGGAGGGGUCCCCAGGAGCUGACGGGGACUGAGGGGGGUUGAUCAAGUCUGCUGCCAGAGGGAAUCGCAGGAAGGACUCCACUCCUCGCAGGGUCUGCCAGGGAGGCACGCACCCUUCCAGAACAUCUGGAUCGAAACUCUUCCUUCUCCCUUGGCCGCAUCACCAGCUUUGGCUACCAUGUAACUUCAGGAUUUUGCUACUGUCAUUUUUUCACUUUUCACACAGUGGAGUGGUUUUCCAGCAGUUGCACUAGUGUAGUGAGCACCCUGUGCCCCUCUUCCCACCCACCCCCCCACACUGUGCCUUCCCUGCUUCCAAGUCUGGCCAUGUCACACCCUUGUGAAUGCAUCUCAAGAUCUGCAAUAAAAUUCUUUAUUUUUCACUCUGCUGCA